AUGGAUGAUUUAGAUGUGAAGUUGGGGAAUAGUAAUAAAAAUAUUUUGAGGACACCUAGAUGGCCAGAUCAGCAUAAUGAAGUCUUCGGAGAGUUGUUGUUCGAGCAGUACUUGUGUGGUAAUAUUAAUGAUGGCAUAUUGCGGAGGGACAUGUGGAAGGAUUUGGUCGGUAUACUAAAUCGUCGAGUUGAAGGAAACUACACUGAAAACAGUGCACAGAUUAGGUUCAAAAAUAUGAAAGCUGAUUUUCGUGCUGUUUUCCAACUAGCUAAUCGAAGUGGCUGGGGUUGGGAUGAAAAUCUUCAUUUGCCAAUAGCCAGUGAUGAAAUAUGGGAUGAGAUAAUCCAGGAGAAUCCAAAGCUGGCAAAGUAUCGUCGUAAUCAAUUCCACCAAUACGAAAUUUUUGAGAAAAUAUGUGGAGAUAAUAAUGCUGUGGGAACUUUUGCAAGGUCAUCCCGACGAACAAAUAAAUCAAUAGAAGAAGUUGUGACAGGAUGA